AUGACGGUAUCUACUAUUGUGAAAAACAAAGACGUUAUUAAAUCGGCUAACGUUGCAAAGGGGAUGAAAUCUUUUACCAAACAAAGAUCAAGGACAUUAGAGCAUGUUGAAAAAUUGCUUUUGAUCUGGAUAACAGAAAAACAGUGUGCUGGUGAUAGCGUAUCGGAGGCAAUGAUUUGUGAAAAGGCAAAACUGAUGCAUGCUGAUCUUUUCAAAAACAAGGCAGGAAUGAGCCAAGAAAGUGAAGUGUUUAAAGCCAGCCAUGGCCGGUUUGAUAAUUUUAAGAUGAGGACUGGCAUUCACAGUGUUGUGAGGCACAGAGAGGGAGCCAGUGCUGAUAAAGAUGCCAGCAAUGAUUUUGUUACAGAGUUUGGGGAAUUUGUGGAGGCUGAGGGUUUUGUUCCCCAACAAAUUUUUAAUUGUGAUGAAACAGGCCUAUUUUGGAAGAAAAUGCCUAACAGGACCUAUAUUACACAAGAGGAGAAGGCAUUGCCAGGGCACAAGCCAGUGAAGGACAGGCUAACUCUGUUGUUCUGUGGCAAUGCAAGUGGGGACUGCAAACUGAAGCCUCUACUGAUCUACCACUCUGAAAACCAGAGGGCCUUUAAGAAACAUAACAUGCAGAAAACUCAGUUACCUGUGAUGUGGAAGUCAAACAGCAAGGCUUGGGUAACCAGAGAAUAUUUCAGUGAGUGGUUUAAUGUUGUAUUUGGGCCAAGUGUAAAAAGUUAUUUAGAGGAGAAAAACCUGCCUCUGAAGGCCCUCCUCAUAAUGGACAAUGCUCCAGCUCACCCUUCAAGCUUGCAGGACUAUGUGCUGCCGGAGUUAGACUUCAUCACUGUAAAGUUCCUCCCACCUAACACAACUCCUCUCAUUCAGGCCAUGGACCAGCAGGCCAUCAGUAAUUUCAAGAAACUCUACACUAAAGCACUAUUCCAGAGGUGCUUUGAAGUGAUCUCUGACACAGAAUUAACCCUGAGAGAGUUUUGGAAAGAUCACUUUACUAUCGUCCAUUGCAUAACUCUCAUUGACAAAGCCUGGCAGGAUGUUUCCUACAGAACAAUGAACUCUACUUGGAGGAAUUUGUGGCCAGAAGCAGUGACUGAAAGGGACUUUGAGGGCUUUGAGGCUGUGCCUGUACUGGAGGAUAUUGUCUCUCUGGGCAUGUCCAUGGGCCUGGAUGUGAGUGAUGGUGAUGUGGAGGAGUUAGUGGAGGGGCACAGGGAACAGCUGACCACUGAGGAGCUGCAGGAACUUGAGAAGGAGGAGCACAAGACUAAGGUGGAUGCACUCUCUUCAGGCUUGGAGGAGAAGGAGAUAAAGGAAGCUCCUACUUCAUUAAUCAAGGAAAUCGUUGCCAAAUGGAUGGAUGUCAAAAACUUUGCGAGAAGUACCACCCCAACAAAGCCCAAACAACCCAUAAUAGCAUUGUCUGGAAUGACCAGACAAUGUUACAUUUCUGAAACAUCCUGA